AGAAUCGCUUUUUCAGGAAGCACUCCGUCUUCUUCAUAGAAGGGGAUUCGUCGCGAUACAGCUUAGCUCAUCAAUUGCUGCAUCAAAGGAGCGGCAUGUCACGCAGACGCUUCCCUGUUUACCAAGUUAUUGACGGCCUGAAAUACUCCAAAACGUACUUGCCCGAGAAUGUGCGUGCCAUCCGCGACUACAUGCCGCAAGAUGACGACCUUGUACUGGUGUCCUAUCUCAAGUGCGGCAACAACUGGCUGGAACAAAUCAUCGAACUGAUUCUCCAUAAGGGAGAAAGCGCGGACAACUACGCCGAAUUUCACCGAUGGUGCCCGUACCCGGAGUUGACAGGCAUGCGCUACUUGCACGACAUGCAGCCACCGCGUUUCUUGAAAACCCACUUCCAGUACCAACAGCAGCUCAAGAACCCAAAGGCAAAGUUCAUAUACCUGACCCGCAAUCCGCUAGAUGUUUGCGUCUCGUUCUACUACUACGUGCGGAGUGGUUCAGUAUACCACUUCGAAGACGGCAGCUUCGACGACUUCGUACAUGCUUUCGUCACCGCAGAAGUGGAACGCGGAGACUACUGCGACCACCUCCUGUCCUGGUACGCACAUCGUCACGAAGACAACGUCUUCUUUCUAACCUUCGAACAGCUGAAGAACGACUUCAGAAACACUGUAUUGUCCCUGGCAAGCUUCAUGGGGGAGGAAUAUAAACGCACGCUAGUGGAAGACGAAGAGGUAUACCGGAAUGUCGUUGAGAAGAGUAGCGUGUCGUAUAUGUCCAAAGUCUGUUACAUUGAUCAGUCUAUACUGGACAAGUUGACGGAGAAAGAUCAACCUUUCAUAGAUGCAGCUUAUCGCUUCAAGUUGGCCUCUCCCGGCAUGCUGAAAGGAACGACCAUCGUACGAAAGGGCGUAGUGGGAGACUGGAAGUCGCACUUUACGCAGGAACACCUAGAACUGAUACGUGAGUGGAUUGCGAAGAAAAACGCCGCCGGUGUGGUUCGAGAUAUCUGGGCAGACAUGGACCUCGGCGGAAUCGUCUGAAAGUCCGGGUUAUAUAUAAUUGUUCUGAUGAGAAAAAAUUAUGCGCUACAUUACUCAGCGAGUACUAUUUACUUGAACUAAGGCGUGCAUUAUCGAAGUGACCGGACCGUGUGACGAAGUUUAGAUUGCACAUCAAUUUGCGAUUGAUGUGUUACGGCGCCCGACAGGUGGUGCCGUUUGUUGUCAAGAUGCCAACGGCC